GUAGGAGCUGUGUUCUCGAACCUGCAGAAGUCUUGGCAAGAGGCGCCUGCUACUAAAGCGGGUGCUCUCUUCAUCUAUUUCGCCGCCGCUUCAUGUCUACCCGCAGCAUUGCAAGUUUCUGGCUUGAUUGUCAAUGAAGUCCAUGAAAAGCUGGUGAUUAGUCAACCAUGUUACCACCACAUAGGUGUCAUUAAUGGUCUGCCAUGCGCUUUUAUCUUACGAUCUGCGGCUCAGAAAUCUCAAAGUGAGCUGAAAGAAGAUUUCUUAGGGUGGAAGAAGUUUCUGGUUGUCAGGUGUUGCCAUCCAGAUCUCCGCUUUGAGGGCCUGUGCUUUCAAGAAAAAGGCUCUAUGCUGGUGGCCGUUGGUCAACUGCAAGCGUUAGGAUCAUCCUGAAUGCGCCACACAGAUUUCCCUGCGUCUGUCUCCAUAUCUUCAUAUGUCAAGUUACCUCUUUGAUCGUGGUGGUGCGCUUCUUUCCGAGCUUCGCCAAUCGCCGCGCCAUCUCGGGGGAGUUCCUGACCCUUUGCACCACUGUUCAAGGGAUCCGCAUCCAAGCCAGCUUCAGCUUUGCCAACCUCCUCCCUUUCAGGGCAGUCCCCAAGCAUAAUUUGCACUCGCCCCAACGGAUUCGCAUCCAAGCCAGCUCCUUUUAAUCAUGGCUUGCACAAGAAAGGCCGCCGUCGGGCUUCUCACUUUCCUUGUAGCAUCGGCCGUCUUGAUAUUCUUUCUGACCACUCAAUCAGAUGUCCAAAUGCCACCCGUCGUCGUCCAAAAGCCCUUAGAUGGCGCCCCGAGAGACCAAACCCAGCCGCAAACCAGCUGGUCAGGCCUGCUAACCCACCGGGAUGCGGAGUACCUGCCUGAGAAGGGGGGGGAGUCCCCUUACUUCAAGCGGCAUAUGUCGGGCGCGCUCCAGGGUCAGCGAGUGUAUUGGGAGAAACUUGUGCGGCAGGCAUUGGGGGGAAACAAAAGGCGGUCGCUUCUGGCGGUUCAGAAUCUGCCAAUCAACGGGACCUUAGAGACUGGGAACUACUUUGUGACUAUGCAGCUGGGCACUCCCCCUCAGAACGUGACGCUGCUCCUCGACACUGGCAGCUCUCUCUUCUGGGUCGAAUGCAACACCUGCGCCGAUUGCACCGGGCUGACCGAAAGAACAGCCUUCCAGCCCCAGCUGUCGUUAUCCAUUGUCACGCCCGGCUGCGGCAACUGCCCCGACUACGAGUACGGCCUUUGCGCCAGCUCACCCAACGUGGCAGACCCGUCGGAGCUCGACGCGUGCUUCAGCCUGUGCGCCGCGAACCAGAAGCAGUGCUACUACGGGUACUCGUACGGCGACGGCAGCCAGACGGGGGGGUAUAUCCAGAAGGACAUCCUGACGGUGCCCAGCUCGAACUCGUCCGCGGUCUUCUCGAACAUCACCUUCGGGUGCAAUUAUCUGGCGGCCGAUCCCAACAACCCGGACACGACCCAACUGAUUGUGGGGCCCCAAAUUUCGGGCCUGGUCGGGCUGGGCAAGAGCAACUACUCGGUGCAAAACCAGCUGGCGUCAGCGGGCGUCAUCUCGUCCACGUUCUCGGUGUGCAUGGCUGGCGUGGAGGGCGGGGGCGUGUUCACACUGGGCAACUCGUCGCGGGUCGUCCCCGGGAUGCAGUACAUCCCCAUGGGCACCCACCCAGAGUUUUACAACGUCACGCUCGCGGCCAUUUCUGUGGGCACCACGCCGCUGCCCAUCGCGCCGUCCGUCUUCUUCCUGCAGCCGCCCAUCAGCCGGUUCCGCCGCGCGAAUCCGUUCUUCCUGCCGGACGCCAUCUUCGACACCGGAACGUCCUUCACCAUCCUGGCCGACGCGGCGUAUCAGGCGCUCGUACAAGGGUUUUUGAGGAGCGCUCCUGUGGGGUAUGCUCCGGUCUACAUCGACCAGUACGGGUACAUUGUGUCUAUCUCCGGGGGCCCGACGGGUAACGCGGCGCCCGCCCCGACCGCCGUCAUCUCCGAGCCGGGCGUCCCGCGCACCAACAGCACCUCUGCGCCGAAUCAGCUGUGCUUCAACAUCCCCGUGAGAGAGAUCGGGCCACUUGGCCAGAUUGACGUCAGCGGCUUCCCCAACGUGACGUUCAGCUUCGUCAACUCGGAGGCGCUGCUGACGGUCGACCCGAACGACUACAUGUACAUUUUCCAGUCGUCCGAUCUCACCGGCUUGAACCAGGCGAUCCUAGCGUGCCCCACAUUCAUAUCGGACGGCGGAGGAGGGACUACCAUCCUCGGAGAGUACACGAUGCGGAAUCACUUCUUCGUCUUCGAUACGGCGGCCCGCCGCAUCGGCGUCGCCCCCGUUACAUGCUCAAAUUACACAUAAUUGCGGUCGGGGAAGCUUUCCCGGGGCCCUUCGAAGGCAAUCUGCGGGCCCAGCUGUGACCGGGGACGCGCCUCCGGUGGCCUCAACAAAGAUGGAUAGUAUUUAAGCAAGAAAGCAUUUGUCCAGAUGGGGGGGAAACUUUUUGCGAGAGGAUAUAACGAUUCGCAGGAGAGAUGAGUUGGACUUUUCGCAACCGGGAAGCAUAAUUUUCAGAAGCGCGUGCUUCUCGGUCAUGGUCGACUUGUCCUAUUCUUCCGAGAGGGUGCGUAUUUAUUUUGACGGCAGCAACUCGUUGUAAUAAGGUUGGAGAAUACGGGCUGCAAGAUGAGAAACAAAAUCGUAAAGGUGGAAAAGACACGAAGGAAUGAUCGUCGUCCAUAGCAAGGCACACCUUCUCGUCAGUGAUAUUGUGGCGAGGGACAGCCAGCGUUUUGUUGAUGUAGGAGCGGAUAUACCGCCUUUAUUUCUAGUUCCCGUGUAAACAGCCAGCUCGCGCUCGCUAGCCCGACAAGAAGAGCUUUUCCUAGGUCGUGCAAAGAUCUUACUAAUUGUGCUCACUUAGUAAAAGCUGAAUAUACACGGAUCUUUCCAUCCAGACACAGACAUACAUUGUUCAGACGCUUGAAUUCUGUUAGUCUAGGAAUUUUGCAAAUAUCUGCCUCCAGUUUGCGCGCUCGGACCAUGACCGCAUACCAGAGAACCUCCAGAGAACCUCCGCUCCCG